GAUCCUUCACAGCAUCUUUUGCAACAUACCAAACCAUGGCAUCAACACAGAUCUUCGGCCCCAAAAGUGGCUUGCUACCUUAUGCGCAGCUCAUACGGAUUGAUAAGCCUAUUGGGGUUGUGAUCAUACAUUUCCCCUACAUAGUCGGUUCGCUCUAUGCAACAUGCAUACCCGAGACUACAGCAUCAUUGCAAGAUAUCGCGAAAAUCAAUCUUCUUUUAUUGUGCGGCACCUUCUUACUUCGCUCUUGGGCAUGCGCAUGGAACGAUAUCGCCGACCGAGACCUCGACAAACUCGUCGAAAGAUGCAAACAAAGACCCAUGGCCAGCGGCAGGCUCUCAGUCAGGAGUGCCUGUUUGUUCACGGGAUUCCUGUGGUUUGCCUGGGUCGUCUUAAUGCAAAGUUUCAUUCCAUCUUUCGCCGUUCAUGGUAUAGCCCUAACCAUUCUCUCAGGAGUAUACCCAUUUACCAAGAGGUUCAUGGCAUAUACUCCCGUUUUCCUCGGCGUAACAUUCGGAUGGGGAGUAUUUGUGGGAUUUGCGGCGACGGGUAUCGACCCACUACUACCACAACUUCCUUUCUUCAAUCAAGCAUAUGACGUGAUUGUUUUUGGCGCUCUAUUGCUCUUCUUAUAUUAUACAAUAUGGACGGUUAUCUUCGAGACCGUUUAUGCUUUUCAAGAUCUCCCAGAUGACACGAAAGCCGGAAUAAAUUCUAUGGCAGUCCGGCAUCAAUUCCACAUCCGCGAAUUGUUAGGUGCACUUGGUGUGAUCCAAGUAAUAACGCUACUUUUUGUUGGAAAGAUAGUAGGCGCGGGUACCUUAUAUUAUUUUGGGCCUCCAUUGUUCAAUGUCUUCAUGCUGCUUAGAAUGGUAACGAGCAUUGAUUUCGGAAGUUCUGAGCAAUGUCGAUGGUGGUUUGCUCAUGGCCCACUAAUGGCUGGGACUGUUAUGGUUGUGAGCGUUAUUAUUGAAUACUUGGGGCGCAUUGAUCAAGAUUUGUUGGCUUAGACAACUAGUUUUUAGAAUGAUGAAUGAUUCA